AUGGAACAGGAAGAUAAUCAGGGUGUGUGUGAAGACCAGACUUCUGAAGACAGAGGCAUGGGUUCGGACUUUGAGAACUCUGAGGACCAGGACAGAGAAGGGGACCCAGAAGAAAGAGGAGUGGGCUCUAAUCCACAGGGCACAGAAGAGAGGGGCCACCUGGAGCAAGAGGUGGACUCCAACCCACCGGGCGAUGACCUAAGAGGGAACUCACAAGAGAGGGACGUAGUGUCCACUGUCUGUUCAGAGGGGCUGCUGAGUGAGGAAGAAGGGGCUAUCCUCCGUGAGGAAGAGGACGACCAGCCUGGUGUGGCUGACAUGGCGCUGUUCCCAGGACUGUCAGAAUCUGACAGCAUAUCCCGGAGUCCCCGAGGAGAGGAGGACGAGGAGGAGGAGGAAGACGAAGAGGAGGAAAGCGCUGGGGAGAACCACUUGAUAGCCGAGGAAGAGCCAUUGCCUACUCCAAUGCUUCCCUGGAGGCGUCACCUCUCCCUGGGCGGUCGACACCGGGGUGACAAGCCUGCUCGUCGCCAUUUCCACCGGCUCCAUCACCCCAUGGCCGUGGACCUCGGGGAACUCGACAGCUUGAUGGCCAGCAUCAUGGACGCGCCUACCAUCUGUCCGGACUGCGGGGAGAGCUUUAGCCCGGGCGCCGCAUUCCUGCAGCACCAGCGCAUUCACCGCCUGGCGGAGGCCGCGGCCGUGGCCAGCCUGGAGCCCUUCGGUUUGGCUGGAGAGUGCGGAGAGGUGGUGGGGAUGAUGGGCGUGGGCAUGGGCGUGACCGGCGGCUUCGGGGCGGGGCCCACGCUGGCCCGGCCCCCUCGCGAGAAGCCCUUCCGCUGCGGGGAGUGCGGCAAAGGCUUCAGCCGCAACACCUACCUGACUAACCACCUGCGGCUGCACACGGGCGAGCGGCCCAACUUGUGCGCCGACUGCGGCAAGAGCUUCAGCUGGCGCGCCGACCUGCUCAAGCACCGGCGCCUGCACACGGGCGAGAAGCCCUACCCGUGCCCGGAGUGCGGCGAAGCCUUCAGCCUCAGCUCGCACUUGCUCAGCCACCGGCGUGCGCACGCGGCGGCGGGCGGCGCGGGCUCCGCGGCGGCGGCGGCGGCGCUGCGGCCCUUCGCGUGCGGGGAGUGCGGCAAGGGUUUCGUGCGCCGCUCGCAUCUGGCCAACCACCAGCGCAUCCACACCGGCGAGAAGCCGCAUGGCUGCGGCGAGUGCGGCAAGCGCUUCAGCUGGCGCUCGGACCUGGUGAAGCACCAGCGCGUGCACACGGGCGAGAAGCCUUACAUGUGCUCCGAGUGCGGCGAGACCUUCAGCGUGAGCUCGCACCUCUUCACGCACAAGCGCACGCACUCGGGCGAGCGGCCCUACGUGUGCCGCGAGUGCGGCAAGGGCUUCGGCCGCAACUCGCACCUCGUCAACCACCUGCGCGUGCACACCGGCGAGAAGCCCUUCGGCUGCAGCCAGUGCGAGAAGCGCUUCAGCGACUUCUCCACGCUCACGCAGCACCAGCGCACGCACACCGGCGAGAAGCCCUACACAUGCUUCGAGUGCGGCAAGAGCUUCAUCCAGAGCUCCCACCUCAUCCGCCACCGGCGCAUCCACACCGGCAACAAGCCUCACAAGUGCGCGGGCUGCGGCAAGGGCUUCCGCUACAAGACGCACCUUGCGCAGCACCAGAAGUUGCACUUGUGCUAGGGCGGGGAUCCGAUCUGGCUACUGAUCUGUAGAUGUUGGGGGAAGGGGCAGGAGGGACAGCCUGAGAGUGUCUGAGGAAGCCUUUUUGUGUUUGGCACCCCCCCCCCCAGGGGACGGUUAAUGAGUUGUUAUUUCGAGGUGCCUACCUCCACUAUCGAAGUAACUCUUAGAAGAUGUGCUUGACUUGGUAGUUUACUUAAAUACACCCUGCAAAGAGUGUGGACCUUGGAUGAGCAGACGUUUGAAGGAACCCGAGGAAAGGUGUUUGGGGCUAUGUAGAGAGGGUUGGGCUGCCGCGUUUGUGAGAACCAGGAUGGGUAGCGUAAGCCUAUGUUUGGCUAUGGUAGGGUAAGCCUGUGUUUGCCCUGACACCUCUCACAUCAGCUCUAGUACGACCCUUCUCAUCCGUAUAGAAGAGGUUAUUUAGUAUCCACUUCCCUUUCUAUGGGCCCCAGCUGCUAUUUUGAGACUUCCAGGGGAAAUUGAACAGAAAAACUGCACACUUACUUCAAAGGGCAAACUUUGAGUUUAGAAAUUCACAUAAAUUGAUUCUCAGAUCUUAGGAAGCCCUGCACCUGUUUCUUCGCUAAUUCUUGAAACUAUUCAAGCUUCAUGGUCAGGGGUACCUAGGAACGGCACCCCAACCGCUAGUAAGUCAGGACCUGCCUGCCAGGUCUCAGUUCAACUUGGAGGGUAGGUUUCAAAAGAAAGGUAGACUGUCAACAGUUGCCUCAGAAACCUGUUCACAAAAGUCAACCAGCUAGCUCAAGUUUUGUUGGCCUGAGUUCACAGGAUGGGGUGCCUUGAUUUGCGUGUGUGUGCCCUGACCCCAGGAACCCCAACUUAUGCACAAAUUAAUGAGAUUUGACUCAAACAGGAGUUUCUGUCCUGUCCAUCCCCUGCCCCCCCUACCCCCCCUUUGAUAAGAGACACGGAUGUACACGUGGAGGGCACAGUCAGGGAGAGGUGGAAACGCAAAAUUGCCAAAUAGCACAAACAGUGAAUGUUUUCUAGUUAUACAAGAUGCCAAAAUAGCACUUUUGUACUUAACAGAGUGCUUUAUGCUUUUUAAUGACUGUUAGUGUUUCUCACAUGCUUGUGAGAUAAAUCAGUAUUGCAAACUGUGAUUUGGGAAAAGUCUAGGGUAGGAGUGUGGCAAGCCUUUCAAAGAAAGGCCGAGAACCGUGAAUGGCCGAGCCUGACCUUUUGUGUUCUCAAGCUCAGUUCCUAAGAUGACUUACGUGCUCUGAUUUAUAUAAUAAAGCAAGAAGACUGAGCAUUCUUACACUUGAUGGAAAAAUUAAAGCCUAGAAGGACCAAAGAUGUCCUUAUUGACAAAGCUGGCCUUUGUCACCUGAUUCCAGUGUUCUCACUGUCUUCUAUUUCUAGUAGGGAGCUGUAGUCAAAUGACUUGUAUAGAUUUUGGUUACCUACCCUGAAAACCCCUCCC